AUGUCGUUCAAUGCAAGUAAGAUUGGGUUACAGGCACCGUUGAAACCUCCCACUGCUCCAACAAACGUACGCCUCUAUGCGACUCAACAGAAAACCGUCGAUGGUGCUCGAGCGAUCAUAUCCCUUUUUUGGUCACCUCCACUUCAAUGGAAUGCUACUCCUUUUCAGUACAUAAUUAACUGCACAAAGGAUGAUGGUACCACUCAAGGUGGCCCGGUGGGAAGUACCACAACACACAUAUCCUUUGAAGUGAAAAGUGGCAAGGUCGAAUGUUCCGUGGCAGCCGCCAACGAACCGAAUAACAUUGGCGAAUUCACUCCGAAAAUCUCAAUAGACAGCAGCGGUAAGCGUCUGAUGACCCUGUUGAAGCAGAUGGUUUCUCUAAUGGACCACUCCAGUAUCCGUGCCGCAGCUCUACGAGGUGAGCUAUAG